UUUUAAUCAUUGUCCUUUUUAUCUCCCUGCAUUUUUCAUCUUUCCCCAGGCAAAAUCAUAACUUAAAUUUGAAGGUGAAUUAUUUUUUUUGAUCAAGUUCAUCCAAAGACUCAAAUCCCAAGUUUUCCACUUCUCUUUUUGUUAAGGGUGGAUUUUGUUUACUGAUCAUGGGACCUUCAAAACAAUAUCUGGAGAAUUUUAGACGAGCAUGCAACGCGAUGAACCGUUAUGGCAUAUCUCGAGCAACAGUAAGAUCUACAUUGAAACACCUCUUGAAGGUAUAUGAUAAGAACUGGAAGUAUAUAGAAGAAGACAGCUAUAGGGUGCUUCUAGAUGCUAUUGUUGAACCCGAAGGCCCUAAGAAAAUGGAAAUUGUGACACAUGGCUUCGAGUUUAUUGAUGAACCUGAAGAAGAAGACGACGAUGAUGAUGAAGAAGAAGAAGAACCACUAAUAAGAAGGCCUCGAUUGAGAAGCGAACCCACAUCUUCAAAUCCUGCAUAUUCAUGCGAAAAUGGUGGAAUGUUGAGUUUGGAAUAUAACAAAACGGACAGCGAGGCGAAUAAGAAAGCAAAUGAGUACGUGGAUGGGGAUCUACCGCGAUCGCCAUGUUCCUCUGCGGUUGAUAUAGCUUCUUCUUCCAAUGGUGAAGUCAAGUUCACCUUUUCCAUAUGUAAACCUCCUCCUGGAUUCUGUAUUCCAAGUCCCGAUGCAGUUACGAAGCGCGUUGAGGAUAUAUAUCGAGAAAAAUUCCAAAGUCUUGGAACGGGAUCUUCUCUCGCUCAAGUCUUAAAACACGUAUGCAAAUGUUUCAUGGAACACCGGGAUGCAUUAGAUCGUGCUGGUAACAAGCUCCCGUCUUUUGGAAACUUUAAGGAAGCUGAGAAACAAGGUGGUCCCGUUACUGAUCCAAUCCAGAUCCCACGUUUUGGUGUUUCAAGUGAAUCUGAUCGCUGUUUAAGUGGAAAGUUAAGGAAGCAACAAAUGGUUGGAAUUGAUGAGUUAUCCGGUUCUAGUAGGUUGACUAAAUUUUCAAAGGAGCAACCAACGGUUGACCUCUGCGGCAAGCACUACUGGGUGGCUGAUAUAACCCGCGGUUUGGAAACACACGAAAUAUCAUUAGUUAAUGAAGUUGACGAUGAGAAACUACCUACGUUUACCUACAUUCCGAUGAAUGUUAACUAUAAGACUGCAAACGUGAAGUUCAUGCUUGCGCGUAUAUCCGAUGAAAACAGCUGCCCGAAUUGCUUUGGUGAUUGUUUAUCCGGUGAUGUACCGUGCGCUUGUGCUGUAGAAACCGGUGGUGAGUUUGCUUACACAACUGAGGGUUCAGUGCACGAAAACUUUCUUACGAAAUGUAUUAAUGUUACUUUAAAACCCACAAAAAAGGACUACUUUUAUUGUGACGAUUGUCCACUUGAGAGGAUGAAGAAGAAAAAGACAAAUCGAUCGCAAUCUGAUUCGUGUAAAGGCCAUUUGGUGAGGCGAUUUAUAAAGGAAUGCUGGCAUAAGUGCGGUUGUGGUUUUAACUGUGGAAAUCGCGUUGUUCAGAGAGGCAUUCAAGCAAAAUUGCAGGUAUUUAUGACACCCGAAGGAAAGGGUUGGGGACUUAGGACUCUUGAGGACUUACCUAAGGGGACAUUCGUAUGCGAAUACAUUGGAGAAAUCGUAACAAAUAGUGAGUUAUUUGCACGAAAUGAAAAGAACAAAAAUGAAGUGCAUACAUACCCUGUCUUAUUGGAUGCUGAUUGGAGUUCAGAAGGUUUUUUAAAGGAUGAAGAGGCCCUUUGUUUGGACGCCACAUUGUUUGGAAACGUCGCACGCUUCAUUAACCAUAGAUGUGUGGAUGCUAACAUGGUUGAGAUCCCUGUUGAAGUGGAGUCACCGGAUCACCAUUAUUACCAUCAUGCGUUCUUCACUACUAGGGAGGUAAAAGCUAUGGAAGAAUUAACUUGGGAUUACGGUAUUGAUUUUGAUGAUGAUAGUCACCCAGUGAAGGCAUUCCUGUGCAAAUGUGGGAGUAAAUUGUGUAAGGCAGUCAAACGCAAAAAACGAAAUAGGCGCAGCCAGUGACAAACAAGUAAUGAACU